CACAACAUCUGAAACACACACAUGAAUGGACAGCGCUCUCCUUUAAUUGAGUGUCUUUAGUUUGUGAUACCAACAUGUACCGUCCAGGGAACCCUGAACCUGUUCAUGGCCCUCCCUUCAGACCCCGGGGGCCCUGGAGUGUUCCUCCCCUGGGACACUUCCCACCUGGACCUGGACCCGGACCGUUCUCGGCCUCGGAUAACCGUUUCCUCCACCACAGACCGCAGAGAGAGCCUUUCAUCAGCCCCCAUUUUAGCAGCUUCUCCAUAGAUGGUAGUCCAAUGAAUGCUUUUGGUGGGAGCCAGCAGAUUGGCCCUCCUGCAAAACCACUUCGCAUUCAAGUCCCACAGUGGAAUCCCAUUCCUGUGGAACAUCAUCCUCCAGACAGCAGUGAACAGGCUGGCGAGGAAUUCCUGAGAUGCAUCGCAGCCAACAAGCCUCUCCCAGACUAUCUCAAAGGGAACAUGGCAUACAACCUGGCUGAAGCAUUUAAGUCGGCUAAUAUCCUGAAAGACGUCAUCCAAUCAGACUCUGAGUUCCAGAAGCAGGUGACCAGGAGCAAAAGCAGUAGUCCAAGCCACAGCAAAUCUAGAGCAAAGAGUCGUGCACGAAGCAAAAGCCGAGCAUCCAGCAGAAGCCGAGCAAGGAGCAAAAGCAGAGCGAGAAGCAAAAGCAGGGCGAGAAGCAAAAGCAGGGCGAGAAGCAAAAGCAGAGCGAGAAGCAAAAGCAGAGCGAGAAGCAAAAGCAGGGCGAGAAGCAAAAGCAGGGCGAGAAGCAAAAGCAGGGCGAGAAGCAGAAGCAGGCCUCGCAGUAGGAGUCAAAGCCAUAGCCGAAGCAAGAAGAAGAGUCAUGUGCGGAGCAAGAACCGGGUUAGGAAGUCCAGGUCAAGAAGUAACGGCAGUGAAAAGAGCCAUGGCACAGAGCCAAAGAGAAGGAGGAGCCACAGUGGCAGUGUUGGCAGCAGGAGUAAUUUGACAGGGAAUAGCCUGUUGGAAGGACUGAAGCUGGUCAUGAACAGCAAAGAACUGGAAGAGCGGUUGCCCACCCUCAAAGAUGCCAUCCUCACUAUUCAGGCCUCAGAUGAAAGCAAAAAAGUGGGGUGUGUGCCUAACGAGCACAGACAUCAGCAGCAUGACAGUAAUAAGAACUCAACAUCGUUGGAAAAUGAUAGUAUGCUCCUUCCCCAUGACAGAGUAGGCAGUGACUUCUCUUGGCUCCAGGUGCAGAGUCAGGGAGACUCUGCAGUCCUGAAAGAGGAUGAGCUUGAAGAUGAAGAGUCAUUUUUGUAUGGGAAUGAAGACACUGGAGGAAAACAGGCCAAUAAAUCCUCCACCGCACACUUUGCAUCCUUUUCCCAGAUGGAACAUGCCAAACUACAGGAAAUGGCUAGUUCAGGCAGUCAACAAAAUCAUCAGAGCAAGUCCAUAUUCAGCAGCUUUGGGGAUCUGCUUGAUCUGAAGCAGCCCCUUCAAAUGACUUCCUCAAGUGCAGCCUCUGCCAAUCUGGACAGAAGUGAGUGUGAGAAGAUCAGGAACAUAUUAAAAAGUCUGGACACAGCAGACGUCAGCGAGAUCAUGGUUAAGAUUCAGGGGUCAAAGGAGGGGACUCAGCCGUCUCCUGCACUUCCUGCUUCAGACCGAACAGUAGCGGGCUUAGCAUUGCCGGCACUGAGUAACCCCACUGUUCGGCAGGCUCUGGAGUCUUUACAGUCACUGAUCAAAGCAACAAAGGAGAAGCGUGAAAAAAGCGAUGGCAGUGGCACAUCUCAGACAUCCUUUGAUAAACACAAGGCAGGUAGCGAUGAGGAAAGGAAAAAUGAAAAACAAGCCAGAAUGAGUAAAAUGGAAUCCUUGAUGAAAGAACUGGAAGGAUUGUUGAAACAGGAUGGUUUGAGUUUUCUGAGUCCAGUAAUUGGGUUUUACUGCCAGAAAUGUGAGGAGUUCCUUGGAGAUUUGAAUAGUGCUGAAAACCAUGCAGCAAUCCACCGCCUUAGUAACUCAAGCAGUCAGAAAGUGCAGGAAAAACCUGCUGGAGACAGCAAGGGACAAUCGCACCAGUUUAGCAACAGUACCCAGCACCCACACCCCUCAGACAGGAGGGCAGAUCAGAGGGACUACGGUCACGGCAGGGACACCGCAGACCACAGGAAUCACCGAGACCACCAGCGAGACUGGAGGGACGAAAGGGAUCACAGAAGCAAACACCACGACAACUGCAGAGGCCCAAGGGCUGGGCAGGAUAACGUCUCCUUGAAAGAGGAGAUGAGGAAGGAGAGGAUGCUCAUAACGGUGUCCCGUGGACUGACGCCUCCUCCAAACGCCAGGGUCAAGGAGGAGGUGAACAAGGAGCAGACCGUCGGAAGCCAUAGCAAAGUCAAAGUGGAAGACGAGGCCGGCAAGGAAAAAUCAUCCAAGGGCAACAGACAAAGAGAUGAAAGCAGUGAUAGUAGUGACGAAGACAAAGGAAAGACGCAGAAAGCAAAAUCACCCAAAAAGAAGAAGAAGAAGAAGGAGAAAAAGAAGAAGAAGGAGAAGUCCUAAUUGUUAAAUUACGCUUGUCACUUUCCAUAUCAAUACCCUGAGACGAUGUUAGCAUCUUGUUGGCAUCAAGUUUCUUUCUAAACUUAACUACUUUUUCUUAUCCAAGUAAUUUUUAAUUGCCAUGGUAAGAAGAGGGAGGUAGGCCUCAAGGAGGGAUUCAUCAUUGUGCUUAAAGGAACGGACUGACAUCUCAUGAAGGGCACUUGUCCUCAAUCAUAGUCAAAAGUGGAAAUUGAUAUCUAUUUUAUCUUUGUGCAUCUGGUACAGAGAUGUUUCUGACCUCUGGUCAUCACCAUGAUUGGAAGCGGGGGCCAUUUUGAGUCUUGGAGGUGUAACAGCCUGCUCUUGAUACAGCUGCUGCCAGUGUUUGUGCCAGCUAAAGAAAUGCAACUGGGACGGAUCUCUACUGGACGCACAGAGAUGAAAUAGAUAUGAAUCUUUUUUUUGGUCUGUGCUUAAGAUUUUUACACAGCAAUUGAUAUGUUCAUGUAUGGUCCUGUACACCUCACGUCCUCGUUUCAUGUUUUUUAGUCAAUGUUUGAAUUAUUUUUGUAUAAAAAUCUGUUUUCAAAACUGUUGUUUACUUUGUGCAUAUUUUCCAGCAUUAAAGGUAUAGAAAUGUGAUCUGUUUAUUUUGCAGCUAUUUCCAUUGUCUUACUUUUACAUUUUUAUCUGAAAUAAAAGAUUACACACAAUUCUGUCUUCUUUUGUAUAGUAAAGAAACUUGUGUAAAAUUUCAAUUAAAAAAGGUAAAAUGAUAUCGUGAUUGAGUGAUCAGAUCAUUGUCUGUUUGCAUCGGCCAAACUCAAUUACCAAAAGCUACAAGUGGGCAGAAUCCUUGACAGGUUGUGUGAUUAAAGUAAUCUGCUGUAAAAGAUAAUGCUGAUAUUUCUACAAAACUAAAUGAAUAUAUUAUUAAAACACUUCCUCAACUAAGGUUUUGGUAAAUGUAUUGAUGGCUGUAUUAUCAAAGGCAACGUUGGAGGCUAUGACACCGCAGACCAGGGUUUGAAUCCUGAGUCCUGUCAGGUAAUGUACUCUUGUUCAUGUUAGUGAAAGGUGGUUAUAUCAGUUCAAUAAGCACAACUAAGAGCGAUGAGUAACUAAACAUAACUAGAAAUAAAUCGGUUGUCACUGCAAGUUGAAAUCUGUUGCUAGAUCAGAUGUUUUUGCGGAACUUGUCACUGACAUAUUUAAUAUCAACAUUUUUGAGACUUGCCAGAUACGUCAA